AGGUUGGACUAUAUGCUGCAGCCAAUGCGGUGAGGAAUAUUACGGAGUAAAAACUGGCAGACAAAAGAAAGUCGAUGCGAGGUCUCCCUCCGCCCCAUGCGAUCCCUCCUUGUAGGUGUGACUGAAGCAACAAAGGGACGCGGAGCAAACUCGCAUCAGGACCACAAGCGGGACAAGUCUGCCCAGACAGAGCACACAAUAGCGGCGGGGCGGGGUGUCGGGGGCUUGCAAACAACAGUGCGUCUGCUGGUUUUGCAAUAUGCAGCAGUAUUCGUGUAAUUGCCCUCCUCCUGGCGUCUCUCGACUACAGAAGUCGGGGAUAUUUUUCUCCUGUCAGCGCUGGCAGAUCUUAACCCGACACGAAGCUGAACCGAUAAUUUGAAGACUUUUUGCAAGUCCGGGCUAAAGCGAGAGAGAGAAAGAGAGAGAGAGAGAGAGAGAGGGGGGGAAAAAGAGAAACGCCGCAAGUGUUACAAUAUGUCAGUUUUGAUCUUAGAUGCUGUCAUCUUAGGCAGGACAGCAUUGUUCUGAAGGGACCUCAUUUGUUUGUUCGUUGCAGUUUAAUAGGGAGAGGCGAGGGACGAGCGCUGCUCGGAGUAAACUGGAGAGAUCAGAGCAAAGAGGUGUGAAGUCAGAGCGGACGUCAAGACCUGAGCUGAACACAGAGGCUAAUGCGUUAAAAGGGCCCUCUCCAUGGAUAUAGACACAGACUAUGAGCGGCCCAAUGUGGAAACCAUUAAAUGUGUGGUGGUGGGGGACAAUGCAGUAGGCAAGACCAGGCUAAUCUGUGCCCGGGCCUGCAAUGCCACACUCACACAGUAUCAGCUGCUUGCCACCCACGUGCCAACCGUCUGGGCCAUCGACCAGUACCGAGUAUGCCAGGAGGUGCUGGAGAGAUCUCGGGACGUGGUGGAUGAGGUCAGUGUGUCCCUGAGGCUUUGGGACACAUUUGGGGAUCAUCACAAAGACAGGCGAUUUGCCUACGGCAGGUCGGAUGUAGUGGUACUCUGCUUCUCUCUGGCUAAUCCCAACUCCCUGCGCCAUGUUCGCACUAUGUGGUUUCCGGAGAUCAAGCACUUUUGUCCCCGAACACCCAUCAUCCUGGUCGGCUGCCAGCUGGAUCUGCGCUACGCUGACCUAGAUGCAGUUAACCGUGCGAGACGGCCGUUAGCAAAACCCAUCAAACCAACAGACAUCCUCCCUCCAGAGAGAGGCCACGAGGUGGCAAAAGAACUUGGGGUUCCUUACUAUGAGACGAGCAUUGUUGCCCAGUUUGGAGUCAAAGAUGUGUUUGACAACGCCAUCCGUGCAGCCCUCAUUUCCCGUCGGCACCUGCAGUUCUGGAAGUCCCACCUGAAAAAGGUCCAGAGACCGCUUCUCCAAGCACCCUUCCUACCUCCUCGACCACCACGCCCUAUAGUGGGCAUCCCCGACCCACCGGCCACAGACGGCGAAGGCCCUGACUCCCUUUUCUGUCAUCCUCUUUGCGCAGAUGUUCUUUUCCUUUUGCAAGGGGGCUCCACUCGUGUCUUUGCGCACAAAGUUUACCUGGCUACAUCCUGCUCCAAGUUCUACGACCUUUUCACGCUUGAUCUUGGUGGGUCGAGUUUUGGGGCAAUGGGAGAGGAACAGGAGGGCAAGGAAAACACAGAGAGUGGGGAGGAAGAUGAGCAGAGCAGGAGAGGAGCCAAAGAGCAAGCUGGGCGCACUAAGAGCCUGGACAUUGAUAAAGAUGGAAUAGAUGGAGGAGUGCGGGGCCUGAACCGACCUCAGCUGCUCCAGCAGGGGUCUUUGAGGACUUCCCAGAGUGAUAAUGCACUCCCCUCUCGAGCCCAGUACUCAAUGGGAGCAAUGGGGACAGGUCGAGCCCUCUCUGGAUGGGGAAGGGGGUUUCUCAGCGUGUGUCUGGAGCAUGUUGAUGAUCCCAUGACUGGACGACCUCGUCUGAUGACUGUGGUUGCCAUGGAUGCACUUAUUCAGGAGGAACCAUUUAAGGCAGUGCUUCAGUACCUCUACACAGGCAGCCUGGACGAGAGUCGAGGCGAUCUGAUGCAGGUGGCCACCAUUGCAGAGCUGCUUGAGGUGUUUGACCUUCGGAUGAUGGUGGCCAACGUUUUGAACAGAGAGAGUUUCAUGAACCAGGAGAUCACAAAGGCCUUCCACGUCCGCAGAGCCAAUCGAAUCAAAGAGUGCCUCAAUAAAGGGACUUUUGCUGAUGUUGUGUUCCGGCUGGAUGAUGGCUGCCUCCCGGCUCACAAGCCCCUGCUCAUAUCCAGCUGUGACUGGAUGGCCGCCAUGUUCCGUGGCUCCUUCAUGGAAAGCUACAUCGAGGAGGUAUCGAUUCCUAACACCAGUACAGCAUGUAUGCAUGGAGUGCUUGAGUUCCUGUACUGUGGUCUCCUGACACCGUGUCCUGGAUUGGAGCCCAUGGAACUAAUAGUUCUGGCCAACCGUCUGUGUUUGCCACGACUCGUUGCCCUCACUGAGCAGCAUGCUGUGGAUGAGCUACUGCAACUGGCAGUGAAAGGAGUGGACAUUGAUGGACAGGUGCUAGCUUACCUUGAAGUUUCACAGUUCCACAAUGCCAAACAGCUUUCUGCUUGGUGUCUUCAUCACAUCUGCACCAAUUAUAAUAGCAUCUGCCGCAAGUUUCCCAAAGACAUGAAGGCUAUGUCUCCAGAAAACCAGAGGCACUUUGAGAAGCAGCGUUGGCCUCCGGUGUGGUUCUUGAAGGAGGAAGACCGCUACCUGCGUUCUCAAAAGGAGCGUGAACUCGAGGAAGAGAUCCUGCGCAAGCAGCACACCAAACGGGGCUGGUGCUUCUGGAGACACCCGUCUUCCUCUCCACACGUCUCCUAAGGGGUUUUCUACGUCUAGCUCUUGGAUCUUCCCCUCGGCGGACGCUAACCCGCGGAUUAGCAAAGACAGAGGAGAAUGGUUGUGAUCCCUCUAUCGGUGGAGAAAUUACUCUCAGUGCUAAUAUUCCUGAAUGUCUGCAUGCUCGGGAGGAGUGUAUGUGCCUCUUGGUGGGAGUGGGUCGCCACACGACUGUGUUUUGGUGGUGGGACGGAUCGGGACUCAACAGAAAGGGGUAUUUGCAUGAAUGUGUGAGUGUAUGGAAUAUAGUGAUGCUUCCAAGUUGAGAUGCAGUGGUCUCUAAAAGGACAAUGGCGGUGCAGAGCAACCCUUCCUCCUGUACGUAAAUGCUUUUUCUCCCUCUACCAGCACCCGAUUGCCUUGGAGUGUUGGGAACUGGAAGCAAGGGCUCUCUUUUCUCUCCGUUUUCUCAGUCUUCAACCUUCACAUCGACCUUAAUAACUUUUACACAUUUGACACUGCAGCUCCCUUUGGCGAGUGGGGGAGUCUACGUUUGCCUUCACCUCUUAUACAGACUGUUUGCUAGCACAUGCAGAUGCAUCUCCACAUUUCACCCUUGUGAAACCAGCAGUAGAUACAGGAACUAACUCAGACAAUUAGCUCAUUAUUACUUGUCUUUUAAUCACUUAAUGUGCAUUUUGGGGCAAUUUGGGAGGCUAUUAUUAGUAGGGUAAAAAAGCAAAAACCUCUGACAAAGUCAGAAAUCACCACUGCAACCACAAAUGCAAUCCUUCUAUUGUAUUCUCAACUAGAUAAAGAGUUGAGAAAAUAGACAUAAAUUAUCUACCAGUCAGUCCUCAUAUCUCUUUUGUCAUGUAACUCUGCACACCAUCUUUCUGCACUCAACACUUAUUUUCAAAAUGUUCAUGGAGACUGACAUGGAGCCACUCUAUAGCACUGAUAUAUUUUUUGUUUGUUUUUUUUAAAGGGCUAGCCUUACUUAAUACCUCUGUCGUGAAGGGGAAAUUUAAUACAGCAUUAAAUGUCCUUGGCCACUAAGGUGCAUUGAACCAUUGGAGCAAGCCUUUACACCCGUACACCACCAGGGGUCGCACUGCUCAGGGUCCUAUCACUUCCGUAGUAGGAGUUUUAUUGUAUUUAUCAACUAUAUUAAUUUUUCCUUGCAGAGUGUUACAAAAGUACACACACUAGUUUGCUAGUGGAUUUAAAAUAAUGGAUACUUAAAAGGGUUUUCAGCUGAUUCUGAAUACCAAAGGUGUAGUUCUUCCCUUUAUUUUUGUUUAUUUACAUUUUCUAACUUGGGAGGGGCUGUAGUAGAAACUAGAACAAGUUUUAGAAGCAGAAGGCAGUAUUAGAUGCUUGUUACAAGUAGAGCCGGCCCAAGGGGUAAGCAAACUAACCCGCUUAAAACUUCUUAUUUAUAAUGACUUUUGAAAUUGGGAGGUCAGAUCUCAAAAAAAAAAAAAAAAAGUUUAAAUUACCCAGAAAAAAAAAAAAAACUUGAUAUGUGCAACUCUAGUUAUAUUAACAAUCCUAAUUUAACUUCAGUAUUCUCUACUUAUUUACAUUUAAUAUUUUUGCAGAUAAAUCUGGAUAAUUAACUGCCAUUAUUCAGCGACUACUUGUGAGAACAACCUUUAAAGGGUUAUGCAGAAACACCCGCCCUACCCAAUGGGCUGGCUCUGGUUGUAAGGACUAAUGAUGGUCCAUUUAAAACAUUGCCUUCCGUUCUCUGCUAGGAUUAAACAUUGGUGCUGAAAACAGUGUCCACAUGAACACAGAGACACACAUAGUUUAGGAGACUGUCUGAUGGUUUAUUUAUUUGUGCAGAACUUACAGAAACUUUAGAAUAAUUUUUAAAUUUUAUGAACUUGAUUUUGUUUUUUCUAUUCACAGAGUCUGUAAAAAACUGAUAAAAGAUUUUAGAGGUUGAGGUUUUCUCUAAAUCCUGGGAUGUCUUUUGCUGCUUUUUUAUUCUAAACCAAUGUGACGUAUUCCUUCUUUCUUGCCAACACAUUUCUUUAGAUUCAUUUUUGUUGUUGUUUCACCAGUUUGAGCAAAUAGGGUUUUCUCAUUUAGGGUGCUAAUUCUUUGGGCUUUCAUUUGAAUGUGGAAAAAAAAAAAAAAAAAAAAAAAAAAAAAAAGUUGCAGCUGUGAGUUUUUAUUAGCACGUUUUCUAUUUGUGGGUUUGCGCCCCACAGCUUUACCCAGGCAAACUCUCUGCGAUGGGUAGAUUGUGUGAGGCAUGUGGUACAUUAUGCUGUUGAUCCACAGGAGGUGUGCAAAGCAAUUUUCAACUACCAGAAUAGAAGUCGCAUAGGUUCUCACUUGGCCCGAGUGAGAAUUGAGCUGAUUUAGUGUGAGAACGAGGAAACUGAGUAAAAGUGAGCAAGCCUCAGUCAGCGUCAGUCACUUUCCACACGCCGUGGAAUGAUUCCGUCAACAUUUGAAGUUGCACCACUGCAGUGCUGUAGGAA